CAAAAAAUAGAUUUUCCUGGGCCACCCUAGAGCGUUUUUCUGCGUUUUUCUUGUAGACGCAGUUUUUCGUGGGCCGCCACCUCUUAUCGAGAUACCCCCAUAGAACGGUUUUUGCUCGUUCUUGCUUUUAUCUUCUCUUUUUAUCUCCUUUAUUCUUUUUUCCGAAUUCUUUACGUUCAAAAUGCCUGCUGCUGAUGUUUCGUCCGUUCCUGCUGUCUCCGGCAAGGAGACUGCUCAGUCCAUCGCUGUCCUCGAGGACUUGAUCAAGAACCUCAACAUCUCUUCCUCUCAGGAUGAGGUCAACGCUGCCUCCGGCAACGUUGCUCACCUUCUGAGCGGUCCCAUCCCGGAGCAGGCUCUGCCCCUGAAGGCCGUCGAGACCUUCAAGAAGCAGCUCGCCAACAAGAAGGAUGCCACCUCCCGCGAGCGUGCUCUCGAUGCCAUCCGCGCCAUCGCCUCGCACUCCACCAUCGCCUCCGGUGUUGAGCCUCACCUCGUUACCCUGCUCGGCCCCGUCCUCGCCGCCGUUGGUGACAAGGUGAUGCCCGUUCAGAACGCCGCCAAGGCUGCCGCCAACGCCAUCGUCAAGGGCAUCAACGGCAACGCCGUCAAGGCCAUCGUUCCCGUCAUCCUCGAGUCUCUCGCCAACGCUCAGAAGUGGCAGGAGAAGAUGUGCGCUCUCGACUGCAUCAACUCUCUCGUCGAGUCCGCUCCCGCUCAGGUCUCCUUCCGUGUUCCCGAGCUUAUCCCCGUUGUCUCCGAGGCCAUGUGGGACACCAAGUCCGAGAUCAAGAAGUACGCCUACUCCACCAUGGAGAAGGUCUGCGGCCUGAUCGUCAACAAGGAUAUUGACCGCUUCAUUCCCGAGCUCAUCAAGUGUAUCAGCAAGCCUGAGAACGUCCCCGAGACCGUUCACUUGCUCGGUGCCACUACUUUCGUUUCCGAUGUCACUGGCCCUACCCUGGCCAUCAUGGUUCCCCUGCUGGACCGUGGUCUGGUUGAGCGUGAGACUGCCAUCAAGCGUAAGUCCGCUGUCAUCGUCGACAACAUGUGUAAGCUUGUGGAGGACCCUCAGAUCGUCGCUCCCUUCUUGCCCAAGUUGAUGCCCCGUCUCGAGAAGAACAACGACACCCUGGCCGAUCCUGAGGCUCGUGGCAAGACCCAGCAGGCUCUGGACACUCUGUGCCGUGUCGGUGACGUUAAGGACGGCAAGAUCCCUGAGAUCUCCACCGCUGGUGACAUCUCCACCGUUGCCGGUAUCCUGAAGGAGAUCCUUGAGGCCAAGCACCAGGGCAAGGUCGCUGGCGCUGACGCUGUCAUCAACUACGUCGGUGCUAUCGGUGGUCAGCUCGUCGACGAGAAGGAGAACGAGGUCACCAGCUGGACCCAGAACGCCCUCCCUUACAUCGCUGCCAUCGUUGGCGAGGAGGACGCCAAGGCCGUCGCUGAGGAGCUCCGCAAGAAGGCUUGCCCCGACGCCGCCGCUGAGAACGACGUUCCUUCCGACGAGGAGGAGGGUGAGGAUCUUUGCAACUGCACCUUCUCUCUGGCCUACGGUGCCAAGAUCCUGCUUAACCAGACUCACCUGCGUCUGAAGCGUGGUCAGCGUUACGGUCUGCUCGGUCCCAACGGUACCGGUAAGACCACCCUCAUGCGUGCCAUCAACAACGAGCAGCUGGAGGGUUUCCCCAAGAAGGACGAGGUCAAGACCGUCUACGUCGAGCACGACCUGGACGCUGCCGACACUGAGCAGACCGUCAUUGGCUGGACCAUCAAGAAGCUUAAGGAGGUCGGUCUCAACCCUGAUCAGGCCAAUGUCGAGGCCAAGCUCGAGGAGUUCGGUUUCCUCCGUGAGCAGUUCGAGGGCCCUAUCACCUCUCUGUCUGGUGGUUGGAAGAUGAAGUUGGCUCUUGCCCGUGCCGUGUUCGAGGAGCCCGACAUUCUGCUUCUGGACGAGCCCACCAACCACUUGGAUGUGAAGAACGUCGCCUGGUUGGAGAACUACCUCUGCACCUCCCCUUGCACUUCCAUCAUGGUGUCCCACGACAGCAAGUUCUUGGACAACGUCAUCCAGCACGUCGUCCACUACGAGCGCUUCAAGCUCAAGCGUUACCGUGGUUCCCUGAGCGAGUUCGUCAAGCGCGUUCCCUCCGCUCGUUCCUACUACGAGCUCGGUGCUUCCGACAUGGAGUUCAAGUUCCCCGAGCCCGGUUUCCUUGAGGGUGUCAAGACCAAGGCCAAGGCCAUCAUUCGUGUCUCGAACAUGACCUUCCAGUACCCCAACACCCCCCGCCCUCAGCUUACGGACAUCAGCUUCCAGAUCUCCCUGGGCUCCCGUAUUGCCGUCAUCGGUCCCAACGGUGCUGGUAAAUCCACCCUGGUCAACGUCCUGACCGGUGAAUUGAUCCCCACCACUGGUGAUGUCUACCAGCACGAGAACAUCCGUAUCGCCUACAUCAAGCAGCACGCUUUCGCUCACAUCGAUAACCACCUCGACAGCACUCCCUCCGAGUACAUCCAGUGGCGUUUCCAGACCGGUGAGGACCGUGAGACCAUGGACCGUGCCAACAAGAUCGUCACCGACGAGGAUGAGAAGGCCAUGGACAAGAUCUACAAGAUCGAGGGUACUCCCCGUCGUGUCAUCGGUAUCCACUCCCGUCGUAAGUUCAAGAACACCUACGAGUACGAGUGUUCGUUCUUGCUCGGUGACAACAUCGGCAUGAAGAGCGAGAAGUGGACUCCCAUGAUGACCAGCGACAACGCCUGGAUUCCCCGUACCGAGAUUAUCGCCUCUCACGCCAAGAUGGUUGCCGAGGUUGAUCAGAAGGAGGCUCUUGCCAGCGGUCAGUUCCGUCCUCUGGUCCGUAAGGAGAUUGAGGCCCACUGCGAGCAGUUCGGUCUCGACGCCGAGCUGGUCUCUCACUCCCGUAUGCGCGGUCUCUCCGGUGGUCAGCGUGUCAAGGUCGUGCUCGCCGCCUGCUCGUGGCAGCGUCCUCACGUGAUCGUCCUUGACGAACCUACCAACUACCUUGACCGUGACUCCCUUGGUGCUCUGUCCAAGGCUCUCAAGUCCUUCGAGGGUGGUGUCGUCAUCAUUACCCACUCCCGUGAGUUCACUGAGAACCUCACCGAGGAAGUGUGGGCUGUCGUCGACGGAAAGAUGACCCCCUCUGGUCACAACUGGGUUCAGGGACAAGGCUCCGGCCCUCGUCUCGCCGCUAAGGACGAAGAUACUGAAAUAGUGGAUGCGAUGGGAAAUAAAUCGGUGGUCGAGAAAAAGAAGAAGCUUACAGGAUCUGAGUUGCGAAAGAAGAAGAAGGAGAGAGCUGCUCGCCGCAAGCGUGGAGAGGAGGUGUUCUCGGAUGAGGACGACUUUUAG